UAAGACAUCGUUUGGCUCAUAUGACUAUGGUUAUUUAAUAAAUAUUUGAAAAGAAGGAAUCAUGUAUAGACGUGUUUUGUACUGCCAUCUUGUGGCUGUUUUGAACUUUUUUGAAUCUAUAGUGUUUUCCUUCCGCAUUUUAAAGUGCAAAAAAGAGUGACUGUGAAACUUAAAAACAACAACACGUAUUUACCAUGAUUUCGGUACGUAAACAACGAGAAGAUGCUGCGUGAACGUAUCAUGUCAGAUAUUAUGAAUUAUUGGUGAUUCUGACUAAUGAAAGCGUGAUUAUAUUUUAUACUUCCUGCUUCUCAACUGCUGUCAUGGUUUUUUUAGCUACAACACUCGAGUAAUUCCCUUCAGAUCGAACGGAAUGGCUCGAAUAUGUCAAAUGACAACACACAUCCGCACAUGAUCUUGCGUACUUGUUCGAAACGAUGGCAGAGGAAAGCGUACGGCCUACGCAGCGUGGAUACGCAGGGGGGUCCGGUCUGGCCGAGGCGUUCGAGAGUCUCUCUCAGGCCACCGAGGAGCGAUUACUCAGCCUCACUUACAAAAUGGGCAACACGUGUGCAGAGGUGAUGGUUCAUGCGAUGUGCUUGAUUCUUCUGAAGAAGAGCGAAGAUGCUCACGCCAAGCUGUUGGCAAACCGUAACCGUAAGGUUGUGAACUUCUUGGCUGAAAUGAUCAAGGAGCGUGGAGAAAGUCUGAACGGUAGCCACAUUGGGAGUUUUAAGAACUCAGGCCCCGACGUUGAGACGCUGUUGGAUAUUGCAAGAGUAUUUGAUGUAUUGGUGCGGGAGCGAUUAUGCGACGCGACGCUCCGAGAUCAAGCAUAUAGCGCGGCGCUUGCAACUAGCAAGAGGGCAAAUUUGCGAUCUUUAGAUGUUGAAAACAUCUUGGAGGAGGUCAAAAAUGUCUGUGGGUUUCAGACUGCUGAUGAAUUUCUAAGUUGUGAAAAUGGCGGGUUGAAAUCUCAAGACGUACCGGUUGGAAACGUUAGCUAUCCAUCCUCGCUGCGAUCCAGUUCGGUAUGUAGCUCGCAUACUCUGGAAAUUAGCUCUCCAACCAUUAUGGGUUCUACAAUGGAAGAAUCAAAGCCAUUGAGUCUGGAAACGCCCCAGACUAGAGAAACCUUUCGAGACCAAACACUACGUUGUCCUGAUAGACCGACAAGUAUUCCCGCAACCGCACUACAGACACCUCGAAUUUCAGACGUCACAAAUAGAUCGACCAGUCCAAAGCACACGCAGUGUUUCGAUGGCAGCGGAAGCUCACAGCUCCUGACCUCCAAAAACACAGAUCCAGGUUUUGAUUUUUCAUCCAACCCAACAAACGCAUCCAAAGUGGAUUCGCAACCUACAAACUUGAACCUUAACAAUACACCACAACCCCAUAGGAACGUCAACCCUCCAGCCGUGAGCGAAGUCGAGGACGAGUUUUACUCCUUCGUCAUACUGCACGAACCAGAAGACGCGGAUGAAGCUCAAAGGCUCAAGAACAGACUUGAAAGAAUUAUUUCUGGGGUCGGAGUGACGUUCUCUGAAUUCGAAGAACCUGGCCGGUCCACCUUGUUGUGCCUGGAGGACGCCAUCAACAACUCGGCGUUCACACUGCUGCUGCUCACCCGAAACUUCAACACCAACCUCAGCGAGACGAGCACUGAUUCGGCCAUCUUCAACUCUCUGGAAAAGUAUCACAAGAGGCACUCGGUCAUCCCGUUGCUGCCUCGGGAGAACUUUUUGCCGAAGGACCGGCAACGGCUGGUGCUCCGUGGUACCGUCCCUCUGGACGAGAGCAAAAGUACGUUUGAACGCGCAGCUUUGAGAGCGAUGUCGCAGAUGAGGGUGGCGAGCCAAAGGGAGGUGUGGAUGAAAGAGCAGCGAAUUAAGAAGGUGACGGAGGAACGAAAGCGACUACAAGUGGAGAGAAGUAGAAAUAUGGACCUCAAACGGGAGACAGAAAGAUUGGCGCGGCUGAGAUUCGAUUCUGAUGUGUUUUAUGCACCAUCUGGCUUGCCGCCUGUACAUAACGCCGCUAUGGAUCAAGGCCACGGUGCCUGGCAGCAGCCCUCGUGCAUCCACAUUGGGAACGCGCAUAACGUUAUGAUCGGAAAUAACUCGACAAUGAAUAUCGACCAUGUUCAACACAGCUCAGAAGAAGAUGAUUGAUUAAAGUUGCUGUUACUCUGUAGGAGUAUUGUUUGUUUGAUAUGGUUGUGGUUCUCAGUAAUUCUAAUGCUUUUUCACAUAAGCUUUAAUGCCCGUUCACACCAAGAACCACAACUACAAAGUUUAUACCUCAACUACAUUAUAGACACAGCUGAACAAAAUAGUUGAGAUCACUUUCAGGCUAUUGUUUUUUUCAGAUGUGAAUGUUAAAACAUUGACAGAAAAACUACAUUUAUUUGAUUAGUUAAUGUUCUUGGUGUGGACUGGCCUUAAGCGUCCUUGCAAUAAAAAUAUAAAACUCAUAUUUAUAAUUUUCAUUGAUAUUUUCACAAAAUAGGUUUUUAAUCAGAGAUGUUUGUUGGGUGUUUUUCAGAUACAUAUAUGUUUAAGUUUAGCUGUGAAAAAUCUGUCGAAAGUAGUUCAAAUAAAUAAAACUAAAUCAAAUCAC